GUGGGGUGAUAUUCUCCAUUGAAUAACCCAAUCAUCCACCUACAAUGUCAGGACGCGGCAAACAAGGAGGCAAGGUUCGGGCUAAGGCCAAGACACGCUCAUCCCGGGCUGGUCUGCAGUUCCCAGUCGGUCGUGUUCACCGCCUGCUCAGGAAGGGCAACUAUGCCGAGCGGGUCGGGGCCGGAGCUCCAGUGUAUCUCGCCGCCGUCCUCGAGUAUCUCACGGCUGAGAUCCUUGAGCUGGCCGGCAACGCCGCCCGCGACAACAAGAAGACCCGCAUCAUCCCCCGACACCUCCAGCUGGCCGUCCGCAACGACGAGGAGCUCAACAAGCUGCUGGGCGGCGUCACCAUCGCCCAGGGAGGAGUCCUGCCCAACAUCCAGGCCGUGCUGCUGCCCAAGAAGACCGAGAGCCACAAGGCCACCAAAUCCAAGUAAUCCCGAUCACUUCAUUCCCCUCCAUUACCCAACACAACAAAGGCUCUUCUAAGAGCCACCCACCUUUCCAUACAAAGAGCCCGACACACAAAAUAGUUUCCAUUCCUGUUCUCCGAUAUUUCUAAUGUGGUAAAUGGUUCACUCUAAAAGCAAACACUUUGAAUGUAUUCAUUACAGGUAGGAAGAUUCAGCCGCAUUAUACCUCGCCAUACAAAGAGACGCACACCCAUUGUUAUUGGGAGAUCUGAUUGUAAAAAUAGACAACCAAAAGUGAUGUUUUGUUUUACAUGUUGGAAAUAAAAUGGUUCCUCUGACUAGGUAGUGUGAUCCUGAUGGGGGGGACAAUGUGUUGGGAUGACACGUGUCAGUAAUAAUAAAUGGUGAUAGAUUUUA